AGCAGGCUGGGAGGAGAGCGACUGUUGUGGCUUCGGCCGAGGUCCGGGUUUGAGCGUGGAAAAUGCUGCUAGCGUCCCAGAAAGGGUCCUCCUCAAAGAAGAGGAUGGGGCCGACUCGCUGGAAACGGCUCACAGGGAAGUCGAGUCCCCAGCCUGCUUUUGACUCUGACAGUGUGGAACACUGGAUUAAGAGAGUGGAGAAAGUCUCCGAAGUUGCAGUUUCAGAUGCAUCUUCUGCCAGAAAUCCAGAUUUACCCGGAAAGUUUUGGGGCCAAAUCAUAGAUUUGGAAACAGCUGAGAAAAUAGAGGAUCGUGAUGAAAUCUAUGCAGAAGCUCAGGAGCUAGUAAAUGACUGGCUAGACACCAAAUUUAGCCAAGAAUUAGCAAGUGAUGGAGAGGAUGAUGCUGAAAGCACUAUGUCACACAUCAUUCCUAUGCCAGAAGCCAGUGUUCAUUUGAAAUACAGCAAGUUCGAUGACUUAUGUGGCUAUUUGGAAGAUGAAGAGGAAAGUACCACCGUUCAAAAAUUUAUAGACCAUCUGCUCCAUAAAAAUGUGGUGGAUUUUGGGAUGUUGGAAGAUCUUGGAAUGAAGGAAAACCAAGACAAGCAGCAGCAGAAGGAUCCUCGUCUUACCAUGGAGAUGAGACAUAAGCAGGUGAAAGAAAAUCGCUUAAGACGUGAGAAAGAGCUAGAGUGCCAGAGAAUCGAAAAGGCCUUGAAAAAAUCAGCCUUCUUGGAAGCUCAGUGUCUGGUGCAAGAGGAGAAGAAAAGGAAGGCUCUGGAGGCCAAGAAGGAGGAGGAAGAGAUUCAAAGGGAGAUGGUAAAGCUGCGGAGGGAGAUCAUUGAGAGGAGACUGACCGUGGAAGAAGCAUGGAAACUAGAGAAGAAAAGGCAAGAAGAAAAUUCUCGAAAGAAUCCAGAAAAAAAUGUGUUUCAAAGUGCUUGCAUUCUUCUGGAUGAAGAAAAAACAGCAAAAGAAAGAAAAAGGAAACUGAAAGAGUUAUUAAUCCAGACUUUCAAGGAAAAUCAGCAGUGUCAAAAACGGUAUUUCUCUGCCUGGCACAAGCUGAUUCUCGAUCAUAGGAUUAAGCUGGGGAAAGCUGGGACCCUGUCCAACUGGAAAUUGCAACUGAAAGUUCUGCGGGCCUGGAGAGACUACACAAGAUCCCAGAAGUCAGAGCGGGAAACUCGGGCCUUGGAAAAUGAUCUUAGAGAAGAAAACAGAAAACAACAACUGGCCACCGAGUAUAACCGGAAACAAGUUCUCCAACACUGCUUCACAGAGUGGCAACACUGGCGUGGUGCAGAGCUCCUAAAGAGGGAGCUGGCUCUAAAGAAGGAGGAAACCAGGAAGAAAAUGGAUAAGCUGCUGAAGGCCGUAUCAUCAGGGAAACUCAGUACAAACGAGCCCUCGGACAUCAGUCCACUUGAGGAGGCAACAGCCUUGGUGACUUCUGUGUCCUCUUUGUGGGAAAAGCCUCCUUUGGAGAGCAGGAGCUGUGUACCUAGCCCUCCCCUGGAAAGAACAGCAAAGGGCAGCUUGCAGGAUCUCGCACAGAAAGCCACUCUGAACAUACCCGACAGUAAGCAGCACAGCACUCUGGAUGCUGAGCUUUCCAAGCAGCCUGGCAGCAACCGAAAGCUUGGAACCACCGGCCAGAAGGCAGAACCCAUUUCCAUGGGCCAUUUCCACAAUCUCCAUGUCUUCCAGCAACAGCUGAUUGAGAAGCAAAAGAAGAAACUUCAAGAACAGCAGAGAACAAUUCUCGAGCUGAAGGAAAACCAGCGGCUGGCAGAGGCUCGGUGGGCAACAGAGUGUGCCACAGCGGUCACAGACACACAGAGCCACCUGCUGGCAAGUCCCAGGGGAGAAGAGGAACCAAAAGGAGCCAGCCAGACACUUCUCAGUUCGCCUGUGGCUUCCCAUGGGACUGAAGGCAGUAAAAAUGGUUCCCGCAAUUCUCUUUCUGGAUGCAGAAGGAACUCAAAGCAGCCGAUGGCACCCCAUCCCAUCCUGAAAGCCAUGGAAGAGAGAGCAACUCAACGAGCUGAACGUAGGCGGAUCUUGGCAGAGAAAAAGAAAAAACAAGAAGAAGAGAAAUUGGCCCUGUUAAAGGCUCAAGAGGAGGAACGUCAGAAGAAGGAGGCAGAAGAAAAGGAGGCUCAGCGUAAGAGAAAACAAGAAGAAAAGAGAUUGAAGGAAAUGAAAGAACUAGAAAAGCUGAAGAGAAUUAAGAGGAACCAGCAGCUGGAAGCAAUAGCCAAAGAACAUUAUGAAAGAGUCUUGCUAAGAAAAAAAUGUCUGGAGCCUUGGAAGAGACUGAGACUACAAAGCAAGCAAAACGUCCAGGUUGCAAAGGAACAUCACUCUUUGGCCCUACAGAGGAAAUGCCUGCUGACCUGGUUCCAGUGUAGUCAGGAAAGCCUGGCUAGGAAGACGGCCCAGGCUGAUCAGUUUUAUUCCCAAAUAUUACUUAGGAGAGUCAUCCAGAGCUGGAGACAGUACCUGACUGAUCUGGAGGAAGAAGAAAGAAAAUUCUGUGUACAUUUUCUUCAGAAGAAGAUUUUCAGGGCCUGGUCUAAAAUGGUCAGGGAGGCCAGGAUCAAUUUUCAGAGCAAGCACAAGAUCGCGGUGGAGCAUAGUGAUCGGAGGAUUCUCUGGAUCACAUUUCAGACAUGGAAGAAAUUCACAAAAUUUAUGAAAGAGGAAAGGAAAGAAGAAAGGCGAGAGCAACUCCGUAGGAAGGUUGCUGAAAUUCUUCCAGAUUUCCGGAAGCUAGCACCAUUGUGACUAUGAUUGUCCCAGCAGUCAGAUACCCGGCCCUUGAGUAAGAGAAGUGUUUGAUAUGCCAGAGAGCAGAGACUAGUGCAGUGCUCAGGACUGGAAUCUACCGAUCCGUAAUAUGUGUUAUCUCUACCCACCCGCGUACAUGUAUAGACCUGGUUUAUUUGCUGUGAGAUACUUCUUGCAUCCGAAGACUUACUUUGGAAUUUAUACUUCUUUGAUGUCUCCUGGACUGCUACUCAUUCACUAUAGCAUUUAUUACAGUGGGAUCAUCCAAAAAAUAGGCUCGAGCUCCACUGUUCAGGAUAUCUCCUGUAUAUUUUUAGGCUAGAACACUUUACAUAGGUUUACUGUUAGCCAGUCUGAGCCUGUGAUGGAAAAUAAAUGACUUACAGCUUAAUGUGAGUUGUUGACAACUGUAACUGAAAUUAAACAGAUAUCAAAAGCGAUGAGUCCUUAGAAAGGUGGCUUAGGUGGUUAGUCUUCUAGUAUCUCAGCAUCAGUGACAGGCAUCCUGUCACCAGACCCCCGUCCCUUUGACCACCCUGAUGGCACCAUGUUUCAAAAGGUAGUCUACACAGCUGCUGCAGAAGGUGGCAGAAUAUCCUGAUUUCAGAGAAACCAGGGCAGCAGGUACUUCAGUGCACCUUGAUAAGCAAGAAAUUUCAAAAGCAAGUAACUAUAAAGACAAUCCAGCAGCUCUUUAAAAUGUCUGUUCAUGUUCCCAACUGCAACUUCUAAGUAAUACAUCUGAUUUGUUGUCUAGGCUCCACCUCAGUUGAUCUAGAUGUUAAGAUACUUGAAUCAAAAAUGUUUUAAUCUUUAAGAUGCUCAUAAGGCUAAUACAAUGCUCUCUUCUGUGAAUGUUUUUUUAGAGAAUUAGCUACUAGAAAAAAACUUUUCAUUGCAAACUACAUAUUAUAACAAGUUCAAGUAGUCCAUGAAUGCACACAGUAAAAUAAGAAUGUCCCUUCCAGCCUAGAGGUGACCAAUGUUAUUUGGUAUGUUGAAAAUUUGAGUUGGUAAAAUAAAAUUCUGUGUUCUUCCCGUGAA